UGACGUAUCGUGUCGUAAAAUUAAGUAGUGUAAAAUUAAAACUAACCUAAAAAUAUACGCGUGUUUAACAUGUUUCGAUCUCUCCGUAAAGAAUUUACUUAAACGUACAUAUUUAUAUAGGUAUAUGAGAAGAAAGAGAAAGAGAGGAACAAAUCAAAGUUGGUGAUGGGAGAGAGAAAUUGGAGAGAUUGGAGACCUUUCGUGUACGGAGGUUUAGCUUCUAUCGUUGCAGAGCUGUGUACUUUUCCCUUAGACACGACAAAAACACGAUUGCAAGUACAAGGCCAGAAGUACGAUCAAAAGCUUGCACGUUUAAGAUACUCUGGCAUGACUGAUGCUUUAUUACAAAUAUCCAAACAAGAAGGAAUCAAAGGUUUAUAUUCCGGAAUCAGUUCCGCCAUCUUACGACAAGCGACAUAUGGAACUAUAAAGUUUGGCACUUACUAUUCACUGAAGAAAGCUGCGAUUGAUACAUGGGCAACAGGAGAUUUAGUCACGAUAAAUAUUGUUUGCGCAGCAUUAGCUGGAGCUAUAUCGAGCGCAAUUGCCAAUCCUACUGAUUUAGUAAAAGUUCGUAUGCAAGUCACUGGCGGUGAAACAAAUGUGUCGCUGUUUACUUGCUUUCACGAUGUAUACAAGCACGAAGGUGUUCGCGGGCUUUGGAGGGGUGUUGGGCCAACUGCUCAACGAGCGGCCGUUAUUGCGGCUGUCGAGUUGCCUAUAUAUGACUAUACCAAGAGUAAAUGUAUGAGUGUGUUGGGAAAUAGUGUUAGUAAUCAUUUUGUAUCUAGUUUUGUAGCUAGUAUGGGGAGUGCCAUAGCUUCAACGCCUAUAGAUGUUAUUCGCACCCGAUUGAUGAAUCAAAGGAGAGUGCACGUUGGUGGCAAGAAGCUUUCGUCAUAUAUUUACAGUGGCAGUAUAGAUUGCUUGGUCCAGACGAUUAGAAAUGAAGGAAUUCUGGCACUGUAUAAAGGUUUUAUCCCGACAUGGUUCAGAAUGGGACCGUGGAAUAUUAUAUUUUUUAUUACUUAUGAGCAAUUAAAACAGUUGUGAUGCAUCGUUUGUCAUUAUGUCAAAUCUUCAAAUUCUUCACCACGAUAAGGUCUGAAAUACAUUUCAACAUAAACACAAGUAUAUUUAACAUUACUAUCAAAUAAUCUCAGUUGUAUACAACUCAGUUGAUUGUGAAAAUGACUGUUAAAUAGUUACCUUAAUGCGAUAUAAAAUAAGUACUUGAAAUACAGAAACAAAUUAGACACAGCA